AUGAUUCUCUCACGCUCUGUCUCAGUGCUUCAUUUCUGCGGAGUUUCUUCAGCGCCGAAGCUCUUAUCACAGAAGUUCAAAGUCUCGUUUGCUCUCGCUUAUGGUUCUUCUGCGUCUUUCCGUUUGAUCUCUCUCAAUCGAUCUAAUGGGAAAUGGGUUCGUGGGUUUGCGUCUGCUACUGAAGCUGAAGUAGAGAGAAAGGGUAAUGAUACUUUUUUCGCGGACCAUGCCGUUUCUUGGAAGUCUCUAGGGUUAUCGGAUAAGGUCUCCGUGGCUCUUCAAGAUUCUGGGUUCGGAAGACCGUCUCUUACUCAGGCUGUUUGCAUACCGUCGAUAUUAUCCGGGAGAGAUGUGAUUGUUGCAGCAGAAACCGGUAGUGGCAAAACACAUGGAUAUCUUGCUCCGAUAAUCGAUCAGUUAACCUCCACCGCUCUUGAUUCCGAGCAUACUAAUAGAGACGAAAGGCCGUUUCCAUUAAAGAAUAUCUCUCUGAUUCUGUGCCCAAACGUUAUGCUCUGUGAACAAGUGGUUCGGAUGGUUAACGGUCUUCUUGGAGAAGAUGGGAAUCCACUUCUCACCGUUGAAGCUGUUUGUGGCUCACAGGGUUGGCCAGAUAAACAGCCUGAUAUCAUUGUUUCAACACCCGCUGCUCUACUGAAUAACAUCGAGCCAAAGAGAAACAGGCGUGUGGAGUUUCUUCGAUCUGUCAAAUAUGUGGUCUUUGAUGAAGCUGAUAUGCUUCUGUGUGGAAGCUUCCAAAAUCAGAUUAUCCGUCUGAUAAACAUGAUGCGUUUCGAUGAGAAGCAAGCGUCUCGUUUAGCUAAUUCCAAACUCGGAAAACCAAUAGAGGUUGAUGCAGAGUCUUUAGCUCAAUCUGAUUCAGAGAAUGAGAAUGAUGCAGAUUUCGAAGACGGGUCUAUCUCCGAGGAAGAGGAAGAGGAGCUCGAGUAUCUUGAUGAUACCACACAAGUGCCCUCCAUUGAAAACGAAACUGGUCCAGAGAUUAGAAAGGGGUGGAGAAGAGUGAGAAAGAUCUAUAGCCGUAGCAAGCAGUACAUUUUCAUCGCAGCUACACUUCCACUUAACGGGAAGAAGACUGCAGGAGGACUCUUGAAACAUAUGUUUCCAGAUGCUGUUUGGGUUAGCGGAAACUUCCUUCACCGAAACAGUCCUAGACUAAAGCAGAAAUGGGUUGAAGUCACAGUAGACACACAAGUUGAUGCACUUCUAGAGGCUGUAAGGAACAACAACAGCGAAGACAGGACGAUGGUGUUUGCAAAUACCGUUGAGGCGGUUGAAGCAGUAGCUGAUAUAUUGGAGAAAGCUACAAUCCAGUGCUACCGUUACCACAAGAACCAUACCCUUGAGGAACGUGCUAAUAUAUUAGCUGAUUUCAGAGAAAACGGCGGUGUCUUUGUCUGUACUGAUGCAGCUGCUCGUGGAGUUGAUGUUCCUAACGUCUCACACGUUAUUCAGGCGGAUUUUUCUAGCUGUGCAGUUGAUUUUCUUCACAGGAUAGGUCGAACAGCUAGAGCUGGGCUGUAUGGGACUGUGACGAGUCUAUACACUGAGGCUAACAGCGAUUUAGUGGAAGCGAUCCGUGAAGCAGUCAAGACUGGUCAGCCCGUGGAAACUGCAUUCAGCAGGAAAAGGGGUUUCAGGAACAAGAUAAAGAAGAGAGCUUUUUUGAAAGCUGGAGAAGCAGAGGAGCCUCAAGCUGUGCGAGUUUAAGUAGAUCACCACACUGGUUGUUGUAUAUAUUGCAAAAAUGGAAUAAUCACUUAUUUUUUUUCUUUGUUGUUCCAGUAGGAAUAUGAUAACUUCGGUUCCAAACUUAAAAGCUUAAUUUUUAAAAAAAUAUUAUUUUUUACAAUUAGUUUUAUCUGACGGGAAGUUUUUCUGUGAUAA